AUGGCUUUUCGUUUUUUUAUCCUUAUCUUUUCCAUGUAAAGAUUUUUANCCAAUCUUUAAUUAGUAAUUAUAUAAUCUAUAUUGUAUUUAGGCUAAAGAAAAGAAAGAUAAAGAAGAAAGAGAAAAAUAAGAAAAAUUGGCUGCUGAACGGGCUGAAAGAGAUUUAUUACUUUAACGGGGUCGUAAGUAACCAUAUUAAGGAUGA